CGUAACAUCACCACAAGGGAGGUAUCUCAAACUUUAUCUAAGAGCAUUAAAACGGAAGGAUGAUAUUUCCUGCAUGGUUUCAUCUGUUUCACACCAACCAGAUCUCACUAGACUGCAGCUGUCAGCCGCUGAAACUAAAGGAAUGCUCAGGCCAUGUUUUUUCUUAAAGCGGAAUGGAUUGUUUUGGCCUUUCUCCUCGGCCUCUCAGGGGGUCUGGGAAAAGAAAUGCGUAUUUGUGUCCUGAAAGGUUCAACUGUGAAUCUGACCUGCUUUGUGGAAAACUCAUCAGUUCCUAAGAGCUGGCACACUGUAAAAAAAAACAACACGUUUGUUAAGGAAGAACUGCCCGAAACUGCGACUGUAAACUACAACAUAAGUGAAGACAAUACGCUGAUCAUCACAGAUGUACAAAAGAGUGAUAAUCAUUCCUACUGCUGCCAAGAAUCCAGCAAAACAGCUGAAGAGUGCUGGAAGCAAAGAACAGAGAUACAUGUCACAGACCUUCAGGUAAAGGUGUUUCCUGCCACAGAGGAACAGAAAGUAACCCUGAUGUGUAAAAGCAGCUGUCCUCUGACUGAAAGUCCUGCAGCCUUCAUCUGGUACCAGAACAGAGAGUUCCUCUAUGAGGACUGGUCCCACUGGUACCGAGAACUGGUCAGCAGUGAUCAGGCAGUCAGAUACUCCUGUGCCAUCAAAGGCUAUGAGGAUCUGAGAUCUCCUGAGGUCUCAGUGGACUUCCUCAAUCAAAACUGUUUUGGUGUGAGAUAUCCAAAUGUGGAGGUGUGUCCCAGGAAGCUGAAAUCAGCAGAGGAGCCCUGCUUCAUCAUGUAUCCUAAAGAAGUAAAUGUUGACCUGACCAAAGGGAAUGACUCUGUUAGACUUACCUGUAACACAAGCUGCCCAGCCGCUGACUCUAGCACCACCUUUUUGUGGUACUGGAAGGGAAAUGUCCUAGACUGCAUGAGUCAGGGCAUCUUAGUCUUUAAAUAUACCGCCUACAUGUCCUGUGGUGUCCAUGAAUACCUGCACUCUGAUCAGAUCUGCACUGACAAUAACUGUGCACACAUGAAUUAUAUCGGCAACAGGUUCUGCAGGCUUGAAGAAUCAUCUGUAAACAUUUCCAGAAAAUACACAAAACGCCCCUACGAUUCCGGUCACGAAACAUGGUAUAAACUAAAGAGAAACAUGGAGGAAAAGCCCCAUAUCACCGAAAUUAAAGCUGGAGGCCGUGUAGCGUACCACAGCAUAAAUGGAAAUCAACAUACGCUCACAAUUAAUGACCUGAGGAAGAAUGACUCGGGAGAAUAUAUGUUCAGUUCCAAUAAAGACGAGAUUUGUAAACCGCCUGAGUUGCUGGGAGCGAUCCUGGUGGUUACAGGUCUGAAAGUGACCAUAAUUCCCUCUGAUGUGGUGAAGGAAGGUCAGAGAGUCACGCUGACCUGCAGUACCAGUUGUCCUCUGUCAGAGAAAACAACCUACCUGUGGUUCUUUAAUGAACAACCGCUCAGCCAGAGUACGAAGCACAACAAGCAUCUUAUUCUACAUCCAGUCAGACUUCUGGAUGCAGGAAACUACUCCUGUGCCGUUAAAACCCCCCAGAAUAUCAGCUCACCUCUGAAGGCUCUUACUGUCAACGAAGCAGAUAUAUCCAUCGUCAUGAUAAUUAUGAAUGUAACAAAACUGGCCUUUUUGUCACUGCUUUCUCUUGUUGGAAGUACUCUGUACCUGAUGCUAAGGAAAAGAAGAAAUGCAACUUCAACAGCAAAACAGUGUUAAAAAGCAGAAACUGAAGAGGUGACACUUUUAGAGAAUUGCAUUUUUGACCAUAAAUCCUAACGCUGAAAGAGGAAGAGGAGCAGUAUUAGGACAUUGUAUAAUAACUGAUUGAAAGCCGUAUACCAUCUGAGCCCUGCAAAUAAUGUUAAGACAGAGUGCAGGCUAUGCUCUUAGGUCUAUAUGAUAAGAAAUGGUUUUGGUUUUUUUAAUGUCACUUCCUGCUUGAGUAUUGGAUGUAAGUUUCUUAUCUACACCAACAUCUGUACAGCUAACCAAGCUUUGAGGUUAAAAGAAAAGCUCAUAAAAUCCUACUGCAAAUUGCUAAAUAUUACAGCCAAAGUAAUGGACAGUGUGUUUCUUGCUUUGCCCUGGCUGCACCAAAACGUACAGAACAACCUUUUGCUUAAGGCAUUUUUGAUGCUAGUCCUCGUUUUCAGCUUUCCAGUGGAAUGUUUCGUUCUAGAAUGACUGGUAGUCGGUACUGUCACUCAUUUCUUCCACUUUUUAAAAUACCCUUGUUCCCAUUAAAAACAGUAACCCCAUAGCCUGAGGCUAUCACUGCUUAUUCCAUACUAAGUAUCAUGAUCCUUUGGUAAUGUUAAGUUUGCUUAUGUAUCGAGAAUAUGCAUUGAGCAAAAACCAAAUGCUUUCUUCAGACCAUGACACAUCUCUCACCAAUGUUUUAAGUGAUUUUAGGCAAGCCUGUAAACAAGCUUAUCUCCUGCCACACAGCCUUUUGUUUUGUGUAAAAUUGCUGAGAUGUAUAUGUGAUGCAUCUAUUCUGUUGUAAUUUAGUAACGCAUUAAUAUAAAUAUCUAAUGUCAUAUGAGUAAGGAUUAAUGUUUCUUUAUUAAAUAUUUCCUGCUGUUUCUUAAAUAUGUUAUGAGAUUCAAAGAAAGCUCCUAUUUGGGGCCAAUUUCCAAACCUUCAUGGCUAGAUCACAUCUAAUUGCUGCAGCCAACCCAUUUUAUCUAAUUAUUUAAUGACUUUCACCACACUAGAAAAUGUUUUACUUGCAGAUUUUAAUCUCCACAUUGAUGAUGCUUCGAAGAAUUUGGCCUAAUCAUUUAUCUCUACCAACAACUCUUUAUAUCACACAUCAGAGUGAUGAUAAAAUCCAUAUCCUGGACCUCCUUUCCUCUGACCUGAAAAAUACAAAUAUCUUCAUGGAGGACAUAUUAAUAAGUGACCAUUUCUGUAGAUAUUUUAAUGCAUGUGUAAUAUGACCCGUCUUUUCUCCAAUUCAAAGAUGAAUAAUGAUUUUUAUGAUUUUUUUUUACUUUUAUUACCCUCUGCAUGGUAAUAGCAACUGUAAAAAUGAACAUAGUCCACAGUGAACACUCUUCUUUGGUACAGAUGAAAUGCACAUUAUAAGGAGAAAGUGGGGUGAGACUGGAGGCCUUUAGGAAAAGUUAAAGUUAAUAUUUUGAUAUUAGGAUGUGACUGGAAGAUUGAAACUGUCCUCUUGCUAAAAGCUGCAAUAUAUAGCCUCCUAGCUGCCAAACUGAAGAAGUUUAAAGUUUUUUUUU